AUGGGCAGCAUUGAAACAAUCACAUCAAGUGCUCUUUCACUAUCAAGUCAGCAGAGUUUUGACCCACCCAACAAAUCCGGUCAUCUGAAGACCCUCGAUAUUGGCCUCGAUGGCAACACAACCUCGACCAACCCCUUUGGUGAUAAAUUGCUGGACUAUGUUCACUCUGGAAAACGCGGGUUCGGCCUUCAUCUCACGGGCACAAUUUCUAACCUCAAGUCUGAAACCGUGGCAAACAAUAUCACCGCCACGUAUUCAAUAGGCCGAGUUCAGGUGACAACGACUGUCUCUGUUGGUAAAGACCAAAGAGUUGUUCAAUAUAUAAUACUGAAAUCAACUUCAACACAGAAAGAACAAGUUGAUUAUACCCUUGCUUUGAAUAUCAGCGUCAAUCGAGCCUCGUAUGGUCAACUCACUGAGGGUGGACCAAUCCCGAUUCCGCCGCCGAGUAACGAGUUCCAACUCGCCGAUGGAAGCCAAGCUUGGGCAGUCGUCAACCAAAACCUGGAUGCCAUGAUACAAGGAGAUCUCUACUGUGAUGAUUUGCGAGUCUGUCUGGAGCCUAUGAAGAGAAAUAACACUGCUCUCGAGCAACCUGUUAGUAUGGCGUUCCACGAGACACUCAAAAUCAACCCAGGCCAGACACGGACUUUGACCUCAACGUAUCUGCUUCAACCAAGAUGUGACUUUGCAAAGAUUCCCUCGCCUCGGAAAAACCCUGGACCAAACCGAGAGGAAGGAUGGAAAAUCAAAAAUGAGAAUAUGAGAUUGAUUAUCAAAGGCAACCUGUCGUAUAUUCUCGGAAACUGUACAAUUCCGGUGAGCAGCAUUCGAUAUCUCCUUGACGUCUACCAACAUAUAAAUCGACUGCUAGACGCCUCGACUGCUCAAGAGUAUCUCUUAAAAAUUAGGACCGUUGUCUGCGGGCACCUGAACUGGGUGUUCCGUGUAGCCCAACGUCCGUACGGGUAUUGGCACAGAUCAUAUCUCGCUACAGGCGUGCCCAAGGACCGGUCCAUCUUUCAACUGGAUCAACAGUGUUAUCCUAUUCUCGAACUGUGCGACUUCCUGCAUCAUUUUCCUUCUGAAGUGGAUUUGGUAAAAUCAAUCUUGACUGAGGAGACUAUUCCAUCUAUCCUCUCUAUCCUCGAGUCGCACCGAGACCCGUCUACUGGUCUUUACUCGACUGAAGAAACGCCUGGCGAUGAUGCGGUUGAGCAUCCAUUUCACUUUUCCAGCCAUAUCCUACUCUGGCACACCUUCUCACGCCUUGCCGAAACCCUGCCAAAACUCAAAUUUGUUUCUAGUACCCUCAACCCAGAAUGCUUGAAACAGAAAGCGGAACAGCUUCGAACAUCAACACUUCGGCACUUCGUCGCUUGUAAUCCAGCAACUGGCACAACCAUGUUCGCCUAUCUGACUGACGGAGCGGGAGUUCACACCUUCUACCACGAUGCCAAUGACCUCCCUACGCUCUUCAUCCCCACCUGGAGGUUUGUGGAUCCAUCAUCUCCUGAGCACGUGCUCUGGACAAGAACCAUGGAAUUCGGCCUCUCGCCAUCGAACACAGAUGGAUUCUUCCCACAGGGUCCGUAUGGAGGACUCGGAAGCGUGCACACUCGCGGUCCAUGGCCACUUGGUUUUGCCCAGGAAUUCAUAUUUGCGAGUCUCUUAGGGGAUAGGGCGGCGAUAGAGGAUGCUUGGAGACGGAUCCAGGGCAGUAUGUUCAUGGAUGGGCUCUUCAGUGAAGCUGUCAAUGCGGAGACCGGGGAAUGUACCAGUAAGGCGUGGUUUAGCUGGCCUGGAUGUGUCAUUAGCAGUGCUUUAAUAAAGUUUGAGAUCCUUGGAGAGAAGGCAUGGGACCACCAAGAAUGAUUGGUUCGGUACAACAAGAUGGGCGGGGUUGGUUGUACCGCAUUACAUAUGCAUGAAUGACAGCAGGUAGAUCGAUCAUGUUCAAUAAAUAUUGUAUAUUGCCG